AGAUCUAUUUAAGACGCAUAGGUCUCUUAGGAUUGCCACAACUUCAAGUUCAGCGAGUGAAAACCAAUGGCAUUUGUUUUGCCCUCAUCAUAUUCAAAGAGCUAUCUUUCUUUGCCUCAUCCGAGGAUUUCAAGUACAAAACAAGUUAGUUUUGGCAUAGCAGCAGGUUCAGUGUUCAGACAGCCUUGCUUGAAAUUGUCAAUAUUCAGUGGUGGCAAGACCUUAAGCAAGGGAACUAAUGCAGCUAUUUCAGAUACACCAUUGCUUGGAACUAUUGAUGUGCUGGAUGCCUUUGAGGAUGAUUAUGGUGGCAUUGUUGUUAACCCUACUUCCUUACCAAAUACAUCCAAUGCAUUUUCUUCAUCACUCCAGUCCUCACUUUGUUAUUGGAAUAAGCAGGGGAAAAGGGGGGUUUGGUUGAAGAUACAGGAAGAUCAAGCUGAUCUAGUUCCAAUUGCAAUAAAGGCGGGCUUUGUUUAUCAUCAUGCAGAGCCAGGGUACGUGAUGCUAACUUUCUGGCUUCCAGAUGGACCUCCCGGUUUGCCUUCCACUUCAUUGCAUCAAAUUGGUGUUGGAGCAUUUGUCAUGAAUGACAAAAACGAGGUGCUUGUUGUCAAAGAAGGAAAAUGUCCAUCGCACUGUUCAGACAUCUGGAAGAUCCCUACGGGCUUUAUAGAUAAGUUUGAAGAUUUGUUUUCUGGAGCCAUAAGAGAAGUUCGAGAAGAAACUGGGAUCGAAAGUUGUUUCCUGGAUGUCGUUGCUUUCAGACAUGCGCAUCAAGUCCUUUUCGAUAAAUCGGAUAUACUCUUCAUAUGCACACUCAAGCCACUCUCAUCUGACAUAUCUAUCGACGAGUCCGAGAUUGAAGCAGCAAGGUGGAUGCCGGUCGAAGAAUUUGUCAGCCAGCCAUUCCAUCAGGAGGAUGAAAUGUCCAGGGCCAUCACUGACAUCUGCAUUUCGGCACAUCACAAGUGCUACGCAGGACUCGCCGCGCAUCAGGUGAUGUCAAUGCUCGACAACAGGGUGGCUUAUCUCUACACUGGGGAUACUAGGGAAGCAACUGGGAUGUGUCCCUGAGAUUAUAAAUCGUAAUAAUCUUGGUUAAUUGGUGAGCAGCAAAGUCUGUAGUAUUGUUGCUAUCAUUGUAGUACACAGGUCAGUUCAGUUAUCUGUGUCCUAUAUGCAAAGAUUAACAAUUGGUCCUCUAUCCAUUAGCAAAACAUGUCACCAUGUAUCAGUCUAUAACCUGGCAAUAACAGUGAUGGUUGUUCUGACCAAUUAAUACUAUAUUGUACAUUUGUACUAAGUAAUAAAGCUUGAGAUUACAUUAUUAUA